AUGGCUUCCUCUUCUGGCAACGAUGAUGAUCUCACUAUACCCAGAGCUGCUAUCAAUAAGAUGAUCAAAGAGACUCUGCCCAAUGUCCGGGUGGCCAACGAUGCCCGGGAGCUGGUGGUGAACUGCUGCACUGAAUUCAUCCACCUUAUAUCCUCUGAAGCCAAUGAGAUUUGCAACAAAUCAGAAAAGAAGACCAUCUCACCAGAGCAUGUCAUACAAGCACUAGAAAGUUUGGGCUUUGGCUCUUAUAUCAGUGAAGUAAAAGAAGUUUUACAAGAAUGCAAGACAGUAGCAUUAAAAAGAAGAAAGGCCAAUUCUCGAUUGGAAAACCUUGGCAUCCCUGAAGAAGAAUUAUUGAGACAGCAGCAGGAAUUAUUUGCAAAGGCUAGACAGCAACAGGCAGAAUUGGCCCAGCAGGAAUGGCUUCAGAUGCAACAGGCAGCCCAACAGGCCCAGCUUGCCGCUGCCUCAGCCAGUGCAUCCAAUCAAGCAGGAUCGUCUCAGGAUGAAGAAGAUGAUGAUGAUAUUUGA